CUCCUCACAGCACUCAGAGCAGUCCUUCCGCUGCUGGGGCUGGAGUGGCGGUUCGUAGCUGCAUCCAGAGUGGUAACAAAACGUGCAUGUGGGAAGCAGCUGCAGGCAUAUUCUACCCACCAACCAGAGGCACCCUCUAUAGGUAGUUGUCAACUUCAACCAGCCAAUCAGUCGGUAAUUGAUGUGUUGAGUCGGCUCUUCACGAAGCGGACCGCCGGAGAGCGGGUCCAAAAACAUAAGGGUCAGCUGAGCAUGGAAAACUCACAGAUUACCCAUAAGUGAGCACAAUAUACCUGAUGUGAAAGCCCUAGAAAUGGCCCAGUGGAGUGACUUUUGGUUAACUCACGCUGAUUGGUUGUAGUAGGAAAUGACAUCAGCAAACGCCUUCCAAAAGAGCUGGCGUUAGAAGAGUUGUUUGUGAAGCAGAAUGGAAGCAAAAGAAAAUAAGUACCGAUUGCGAUGCUUUUAAAUCGUUGUUGCUAAACUCUCUACAAAAACACGACGAAAUUCCCCCAAGAAUGUAAUUCACAGGGCUUUGUUGUCUCACUAAGCACUGGAAAAAAAAACUUCUGGUCAUUGACCAUGCAGCUGCUCUCAUCCUCCGAAUGGAUUACAUUUUGCUGAAAUUCGACAGAAUAAAACUGUUAGUGGUAUCAAUGUUACUGUGGACGCUUUUGGCGCUGACCAUUGACAUCACUCGCUGCUGAAUCAGUCGCAGUAUGCUGACGUCUGUGCAAAGUUACAAAAGGGCUGAAUUUCUAUGGAGACACAACAGCUGAGAGGACCAGGCCAUGGAAUUUCAAGCUCAAUUUCCCCCAGCCAGAAAUGCACCUGAGUCUAAAUGGAAACAUGCCUAUAAUCUACAACCAUGUCUACAUGGAUGCACUUUGUAUAUGACAAAUAUUAUGAUAACACAAUGAUGUGAUCAGGUAAGCAAAAGCAUUAUUCAGUCUUCAGUCCAUCCCAUUUGACAACUAUAAAUGUUACUGUUGAAAGUGAUUUGAAGUUGAACGAAAGUUUAAGGUUGAUCCCCGAUUAUGUAAGAUGUAUUUUUGUAUUCCUAAAUUCACUUUGAGGUUCGUCCUUGAUGACUUGUGUAUGCAAGUAUGCUCAAAUAUUAAAAUAUUAAGUGGUUCAAAUAGUGUGCUAUAAAGAGCCUCCAGUACAACAGCCAGGUCCCAUGCAGGGGACCUGCACUUGGUCUCAGCCUGCGGGCCCCUUUCAAGAAACAAAGAGGCAGGGUCACUCCAUCAAGACAGACAUGACAACCAGAAGUAGCGGCUAUGUAAUCCUUGAUUGAGGAGAAUGAUGGUCAUCCAACCAGCAGCUCCAGCAUAAACAUUAACACGUCCAGAAUGGGGCACUUGAAUGGAAACAGCACUCCUAUUGGGAAACCACUGCUCAAAAGCCCAUCAUUUGUAGGCAUAUAAGCCUCUAAUAGAAGGUGCUCUAGUGCUCUGAUAGUCUCAGUCACAGCUAAAGGGAGUCCUCAAGCUAAAAAGACGGACGUCUCAGCAGGUAAGCAUGUAGUAUCCCCAACCUCGGUCAUGGGUGAAGUAUUUCACCCUCCACUCAGUAUAGGAGAUUACCAGCCUUCAGAGCUCCUUCACCAUUAAGCUAACUAUUUCCAAGUACUAUGACUUUGCUGGCCUGCAAGAGGCCACCAGAAUCAUGGACAGGCCCUACACAUACGCCAUUUCUAGCACUGGAGGGCUCAUCUCGAAAAGGAGCAUGUCUACCCCCAUUUGAUUGCACUGAUUUGUUAUAAAAAAUGGCAGUUGGUGUAAGUCGUGGUCACAAAGAUGUGCAUAGUCUGAACUGUUGCUAAAUUUGAGCCGCCGAUAUUGCUGGCUCAUAUUUGCUCACAUAUUUACGGUCCCUGGCUCAUUGGUUGCUCUAGUGGACAGAAGGCGAAUGCUCCACCUAUGGAUGAUUUCGAGAGACCGUUUCAGCAGGGGGCGCAAAGCAAGUGGACCUCUGUUUAUGAAUGGCAGUAAUGAUGCAUUGUCUGUUUUAUUAGAGCACAUAAAUUGGUCAGAAUCUUCUGAAAGUGUUUUAAAGCUAGCAAGACUGUUGAUAUGGGGCUGGGUUCAUGUCUAGACCCCACUCAACUCCACCAUUGCAUUUGGCUCCUCACCACAUCAGGAAGGCGUCUGUGGACACCACCUUUCACAAGGACACUACUGAUUGGCAGCCUCAGUACAGGAGACAGGGCUCCCUCCGUGGGCCAAAGUUAUUGUCAGAUUCGUGUGCAGGCUACAUGACAUGCACAGCCAGUGAGUGUGGGUCCAAAGCUGAAGCAGACGCAUCUUGAGCAGGCCAAGUGGCACAACCAAGAUCAAUGAGGCCAUCAAGCCUAACAGUUGUAUUGGAAAUGCAGUCUGUACCCCAACUUAAACUCAGUCAAACACUGGCGAAACAUCACUGUUCGCUGCUUUGAAAGACAUGUUUGAAUGAACAGAGAACAGGUUUCCAGGCUCAGAAAAGAGAACCACUUACUUGGAGAGCUGUUCUGUAAGUGUAACAAAAAGCCCAGAUUCUUGAUGUGUGACAGCACUUGUUGCAGCUGCUCUGUUUCGUGUUUUCUGUAGAUGGCAAUUAAGACUCAGUCGUCCAGAUAAUAUAGGACAAGAAUGCCCUAUUCUCUGAGGCUACAUUCACAUUGCAGGCCUUGAUGCUCAAUUCCAAUUUUUUUUUGAGUAAAUCCAAUUUUUUUGUGUGGCUGUUCACACUAUGACUGACAUGCUACAUCAAACUCUAUUGUAAACGCUCUACGGCCCCAAAGCGACCCGCAUGCGCAGAAGACUAGAAGUCACACUCAGUGGAGUCGGAAACGAGGAGAGGCAAUGUAGUGAUGUGAAAACAUUCACUGACAGUUCAUCCACUGGAUCAGGAUCACACCUGUCAAAUCUCUUGUGGGUUGGAGUAUUUUAACUAUUUUACUCCUUAUUCCCGCCGUCUUCUGAAUUAUUAUUCACCAGUAAUGUUCUGGUAUUAAAUCCGCUUCGAGUCUGGGAGAUUGUGGGUUUAAAUCCACAGUCGGGUCAUACCAAAGAUUUUAAAAAUGGGACCCAAUUUCUCCCCGCUUGACACUCAGCAUUAAAGGAUUGGAUUGGGGGGGUUAAACCACUAAAUAGUGAGCACAGCCACUGCUGCAGCUCAAUGCCCCUCCACGGAGAUGGUCCAAAUGUUGACAUGUCAUUUCACCAGUGAGUGAUGAUGACAGUGGGACUUUAAGAGGGACUGCCUCCAAACACUAUUUGAAUGUGCAAAGAGCAAGCAGCAUGCUGAAGAACAAGACUAGAUACUCACUGGCUACGUCCUCAAAUGCAAGCCAAAGGAACUGUCUGUGUUUGAUUGUAUUGCUCAGUGAAAGUAAGCACCUGUGAGGUUGAUAGUUGCAAACCAAUUACCUUGGGAGAUGACGCUCGAAAGCUGUCUCACUAGUAACGUCUUACAUUUGUACACGUGAAGGUGUUUGUUCAACACUUUGAGGGCCAGAAUGGGUCAUAACCCACCGCCUCUCUUUAGAACGAGAAAAUAGCAGUUGUACCAACCUUUUGUUCAUUUCCAAAGCAGGAAGCACACACACACCGCUCCUUUUGCCAGCAACACAUCUCUAUCCUCCCUCAGAACAGAGGCAGUUUCAAGUCCCACGAUAUUCAUUUACUAGUGUAUGAAUGUUUGACUCAAUUGUUUGUACUAAGAUCCCGCCUGAAAUCUGAUGUGUAAAACCAUGUGCACACAUAAGGUUUCAAGUGUGGAGCUGCUAAAGGUGGUCUUGGAAAAGCCCAGCCUCUUGUGGGCCCCUACAUCUACAGUUGCCGCGGUUCCUAAAGUGACCAUUUGGUUAUUUUCUUGCCUCGUCUUUGUUACAUUCACACAUUUAAGUUCUAAGAUGCAACUAGAUUGGUUUUAUUUAUUUUUACCAGGUGUAAAAGAAGCUGCAUUAAGUAAUGGUACUUUUCUUUCCCAUGAUUUGCUUUCAUUGUAACUGUGCAGCAGGGAGAAUUGAGAAGGAAGGGGGUGCUUAAGGACAUGUCAGCACAUAGCUCAGAUCCACGUGGCCACUGGUCUCCUCCCCCUCUCAACUAGAAGGGCUAACCAGUGAGCUUUGCUCUGCUGCUGUGGCAUCCCCCUCCUCUUCCUGUGCUGGUUUCCUUUGCUUUCAGGAGGCGUGAGCUAGGAAAACUGAGACUUUAUUUCAACAAUGCAGAGAGGCUGAAGAGGGUUAGGGAAGGGGGGAGUUUAUUCUGUUAACUGUUGCUCAUUUGAUAAUACAAAUUCUCCCCCCCACGAAAAUCCUCCCAUUCCUCCCACUGUGCCCCUCCUCCUCCCUCUGGCCCCUUUUAACUCUCCGUUAGUCUCUGUGGGCGGGGGGUGCGCAUUCCAAUGCCAUAGCUUUACAAGGCCAGUCUCUUUCUGGUGUUUUUCCCUCCCUGUUUGGUUCAGCUCAUGAGAGAGAGGGGGUUGAUCCGGUCGUCAGCUAGCAGUUAGCCCAGUCCAGGAUGUGUGAUAUCUUUGUGAAACCGAGGUGAAACUGCCUUGAUUCCACCCGCCAUCCUGCUUUGAGGGGGCAAAGUCCAGCACGGAGACUGCUGGAGAGGCUACUGGAGCCCUGGGAUGAGAGGCCCACCCUGGAUUGUAAUGCUCGUGGAGAGGAGUUGCAAACGAGCCGACUCAGGUAAAGAUCAGAAUUAGAGAUCCCAACCAAGGCGGUCGAGACAUCACCGAGGAGAUUAUGUCAGGGGGCCGCAGUGGCUCCACCCCAACACCGCCACAGACGGCCCUGUCUGGAUCCGAUAGCACCGUGGUUCCUCAGGCUAACGGUGAGAGCACCACAGCUGCUGCUACUCCAGUACUGGUUAGAUCAGAUGACCAAGGGACACGCACUCCUCCUCUGUCACAGACCCCUGAGCCCGCUAGGGCUGCUCCUGUCCCCUCAGAGACCACCACUGACACAAACACUAAGGCGUUCACCCCCCCACCCCUGUCAGAGUCAAAGAACACCCCUCCCACCAAAGUUUCUAUCCCUGAAUCCCGUGCUCUGCUCGCAGACGUGAUGGAUGCUCCCCUUCCUCCGAGAGGAGCCAGACUGACUCCCCAAUUAGCUCCCGAGGUACCGGCUUACCCUGCACCCCUCCCAGACCCAGUCCCUGCUCAUUCUGCACAAAACAAGCCAAACAAGAGCGGAAAGGAGGCAAAAGAGGAGGUGAUGACAGAGGAAGGGCCUGCAGUGGAAAAUGUAGACGUGUCUUUGGAAAUAUCCACUUCUCAGCCCUCCAGCUCUAACGGUGUGGCCGAGGCAGUUCUAGAAAGGCCCUCCAUCACAUCAACGGCCAGUCACCCGGAGGAGCCUCUGGAGUCUCCCAUCGCACAGCCAGAGGAGUUGAGUCUACCCAAUGGUCUCCCCCUCCCAGCUCCCGGGGACCCCGAGGCUCCUGCCGUCAGCAUGUUGGAGCAUGACGACAGUCCCAUAGCUGAACCGGAUGUCAGCCAGCAGCCUGUCCCGACUUCCUCUGUACCUGAGGCAGUCAAAGAAACAGUCACAGCUUCAGCUGUUGCUGCUGAACUCUCAGCUUCUGCUGUGGAGGACGCUUCUCCUGAAGAAGCCACCCAAUCAAAGCCCAUUCAGCCUGGGGCACAAGAGCUGGUUCCUGAGGCUGCUCUGGAUGUUAAGGAAGAAAUCCUAGUGCCCCAGUCUAUUGCCACGGAAGAGACGCCAGUUCCUGCAGAACCCCUUUCUGUAGAUGAUAUUACACCCGACACUAUCCCUGCUUCCCCCCUCCCCCCAGCAGAGGAGAAGGAAGACUCCCCCCCUACUCAGACUGUCACCCCAGCCCCUGUAGAAACUUCUAUGCAAGCUGCUGUGUCUGUGCCAAAGAAGAAGAGGAAGAUGAAGGAUCUGAACAAAAAGGAGGCAGUUGGAGACCUCUUGGAUGCCUUUAAGGAGGAGCAGGUAGUUGUGCGAGCCGAGCCUGAGCCGGCCCCAGCACCAGAGCCAAAGCCCCCUGCUGCUUCCCCUCCUGUCCCAGAGGAGGCAGACUUGACCUGGGAGGACAAGGAGGACAAGCUGGAUGCUGAGAACAUUCAGCCAGAUCCUCAGCAGCCGAGCGCCACCGACAUGAAGUACCAGUACAAAGAGGAUCAGUGGAAGCCAAUCAACAUGGAAGAGAAGAAGAAAUAUGACCGAGAGUUUCUUCUGGGCUUCCAGUUCAUUUCGGCCAGCAUGAACAAACCAGAGGGUUUACCAGCCAUUAGUGACGUUGUCCUAGACCGGGCCAACAAGACUCCUCUUCGUCAGCUUGACCCCAGUCGCCUCUCUGGGAUGAACUGUGGUCCUGACUUCACGCCCUCUUUUGCCAACCUCGGCAGACCUGGCAUGGGAGGAGGAAGAGGACUGCCUCCUGGGAUGGGUGGUCCACGUCACUCUCAGCAGGUCCCGAGAAAAGAGCAGAGGAAGAUCAUCACCAGCAUGUCACUCAGUGACGACGUGCAACUCAACAAAGCGGAGAAGGCUUGGAAACCGUCUGUGAAGAAGCCGACUCAGAGCCGCGUUGGGGAGACCUUUGAUGAGAAUGACCCAGAACAAGUCAAAACCCAGGAGCUGUUUAAACGCGUCCGGAGUAUCCUCAACAAACUCACGCCUCAGAAGUUUCAGCAGCUCAUGAAGCAGGUGCAGGAACUGACUGUGGACACCGAGGAGAGACUGAAGGGAGUCAUAGACCUCACAUUCGAGAAGGCCAUCUCCGAGCCGGACUUUUCAGUGGCCUACGCAAACAUGUGCCGGUGUCUUUCGGGGCUUAAAGUUUUGACCCCAGACAAGCCGGGAGUCACUGUGAAUUUCCGCAAGCUGCUGCUAAAUCGGUGCCAGAAGGAGUUUGAGAAAGAUAAGGAUGACGACGAGAUCUUUGAGAAGAAGCAGAAAGAACUGGAAGCUGCUUCUGUGGAGGAGGAGAAGCAGCGACUUGUUGAAGAGCUAGCAGAAGCUAAAGACAAGGCCAGGAGGCGCUCAAUGGGCAACAUCAAGUUUAUUGGUGAGCUGUUCAAGCUCAAGAUGCUCACAGAGGUCAUCAUGCACGACUGCAUCUUAAAGCUGCUGAAAAACCACGACGAGGAGUCGCUGGAGUGCCUGUGCAGACUGUUGUCCACCAUUGGCAAGGACCUAGACUUUGAGAAGGCCAAGCCUCGUAUGGACCAGUACUUCAACCAGAUGGAGAAAAUAAUAAAGGAGAGGAAGACCAGCUCAAGAAUCCGAUUCAUGCUGCAAGAUGUGCUGGACCUGCGACGGAAUAACUGGGUCCCCCGUCGAGGAGACCAGGGCCCGAAGACCAUCGACCAGAUCCAUAAAGAUGCAGAGCUGGAGGAACACAGGGAGCAGAUGAAGGUGCAGCAAGCUCUCAUCUCCAAGAAUGAAAGUAGUUCAGGUCCAAGAGGCAGGAUGGGUGCAGGAGGUCCCGGGGGUCGAGGUGGUCCUCACACCCCAGGUAGAGGAGGACCCCCACAGGAUGACGGCUGGAACACAGUUCCUAUCUCCAAAAACCGACCUAUUGACACCUCUCGCCUUAGUAAAAUCACUAAGACUCCUGUUCUUGACUUCAACAACCAGUUGCUUGCCCCGGGUGGCAAAGGCACAUGGGGGAGCUGGGGUAAGGGCAGCAGCGGUGGCAGCAGCGCCAAACCUGCAGAUUCUGAGUCGGGGAGCCGUUCUGCCACCAGCACCCUGAACAGGUUCUCCGCGUUGCAACAGCCUUCGUCCGUGUCUGGCUCUUCUCUGGACUCAGACAGAAAAGUUCCUCAAAGAAACAGCGCGAGCCGAGAGCGCGGUGAGCGCUUCGACCGCUCCGAACGAGGCAGCGAACGCUUUGAGCGACGGGGGGAGCGAAGGGACGACCGUGAUCGAAACCAGCUACAGGUCACCAAGCGGAGCUUCAGCCGGGAGAAGGAGGAGCACAAGCGAGAGAGAGAUCCGAGUGGGUCGGCCGAUCGCGUUCGUCGGGUGGCGAGUAUGACCGACGACAAAGGCAGCAUAGAGCGAGCCAGGAGCAAAGAGGAAGCGGAAAAACGGGAGACAGCUGCCACUCCCCCACCUCACCAGACCCCCUCCAAACCCAUUUUGACAGAGGAGGAGGUGGAAAGGAAGUCCACGGCUAUCAUUGAGGAGUACCUCCACAUCAAUGACAUGAAGGAGGCGCUGCAGUGUGUACAGGAGCUGAAAAGCACCGGGCUGCUGUUUGUGUUUGUACGAAAUGGGCUGGAGUCGACGCUGGAGCGCAGCACCAUCGCCAGGGAGCACAUGGGCCAGCUGCUGCACCAGCUCAUUAAGACCGGCAUACUGGCCAAAGACCAGUACUAUAAAGGGUUUCAGGAGAUUCUGGAGGUGGCUGAGGACAUGGCAAUAGACAUCCCCCACAUCUUCCUCUACCUGGCAGAGCUGCUCACUCCCAUGCUGCAUGAGGGAGGCAUCCCAAUGGGAGAACUUUUCAGGGAGAUUUCAAAGCCUUUGAUUCCUCUGGGCAAAGCUGGAGUCCUGCUGGUCCACAUUCUCACUUUACUUUGCAAGGAGAUGAGCCAUAAAAAGGCCGGCACUAUGUGGAGGGAGGCGGGCCUUCGGUGGACGGACUUCCUUCCCGAGGACGUUGAUGUCAACAAGUUUGUGACAGAAAAGAAUGUUGAGUUCACUCUGGGUGACGAGUCCGAGGGGAGCAGGAAGGAGCUGAGCUCCUCUGAGCUGAGCAGACAGCUGGACAGGCUGAUCCAGGACAAAGCUGACAACCAGAGGAUCUUUGACUGGGUCGAGGCCAACCUGAAUGAGCAGCAGGCUUCUUCUAACACGUUCAUCAGAGCACUAAUGACCUGCAUCUGCCAGUCUGCAAUCAUCUGUGAGAACCCGUACAAGGUGGAUGGUGAGCAGAUCAAGCAGAGGGCCAAACUGCUGCAGAGAUACCUGAAGGAUGAGCAGAAGGAGCUGCAGGCUCUCUACGCCCUGCAGGCUCUGAUGGUGCAGAUGGAGCAACCUGCCAAUUUGCUGCGGAUGUUCUUUGACACGCUUUACGACGAGGACGUGAUCAAAGAGGAGGCCUUCUAUGAAUGGGAGUCUAGCAAAGACCCUGCUGAGCAGCAGGGCAAGGGCGUGGCCCUCAAGUCCGUCACCGCCUUCUUCACGUGGCUCCGCGAGGCCGAGGACGAAUCUGACAACAGCUAGGAGCAGCUGGGACGCUCGGACCGGACCGGACCUCAAGAGUCUGAGUUGGCAGAAACCUUCUGCAUAAGAAGAGAAGAGAGAAAAUCUUCAAACGGGAGAGAUUGUAUUAUGGAUUGAACAUUCUAUCUUUUUUUGGGGGGGAGGGGGGUUCUUGUAUUUACCCUAGCAACAGAAUGUCUUUUUUUAAUGAGAAGAUACAACAUGGGAUAGAUUAUAUGAAAGAAAAAUCUACAAAUUAUUACAAGCUGUAAGAGAUCAUGUUUCCUUCAGUGUCGUUUUUCAAAGCUUAUUUGCAAAUGGCUUCUCAUCACAGCGACACUAUUGAAGAGGCUUUGCAGAUAUAAGAACAAACCUAAAGGCUGUUCACAUCUCUAUUUUUGAUGACAUCAUUUCGCGCGUGGGCAGGCCACGGCCACGUGCGUGUGAUCUAUGCGCCGCGCCUGUGUAGAUGAGUAGUUCCUGUUCCUCGGCGCUGGCUGGCUGGCUGGAUCGUGUGUUUUCUAAUAAAAUAACAAAACUACAAAGAAGAGUGGAGAGAGCCUUUCAGACGGGAGCGACGGUUCAGGACGGGGUGAUGAACACUUGAACCUCCAAGCCCACCCUUUACUCCACCCUCAUGUUUCCAUUUUGCCUGUUCCCUGCGCUUCAAACACAAAACCCAGAGAAAGGGAGCGCUCUCGCUGCUGCACUCGCCUCCAGAGCAAGAUUCAGCAUCAUCUGUGAAACGAGUAAAGCAACGUUAACAAGAAAAGACUUUGAGGAAAAAGUAUAACCAUUUAAAUUCUAAGGCCUUCUUGCUUCCACGAGUGGAAAUGCAUUUCAGGAGAGUUGUGUAAAUAAAUAAGAUUCCCCCCCCGUAAAAGAGAUGCUAAUGUCACCCCUCCCCCUUUGAAGCAAAGCAACCGUUUUUCCUGUAUUUAUAUUUUUCUCUCAUCUGGCAGAAGGUGCUUGUAAUUAUCCAACCCAUUAAUUACAAUUUAAUUAAGAAAUUGUAAAUAGUUUUUGCUUUACUUUAUUAAAAAGAUAUUUAAUUAAAGAUGAAAAUGGCUCUAA